AUGGUAUAUGUACCUCCAGCAGCUUCUAGUGAAACACCCUCUCGAGAACGAAGAGUGUUCAGUCUAUUCCGUUUCCAGGGCGACGUUGAUGAUGGCAUUGCUACAUUCAAGCACUUUGCCGAAGUUGUGCAUAAAAUGUCGAAAAUCUGCGAAUUUUAUAAGGUCAAAGUGGAUAAAACUUGGUUGGAGAAGGUUACGACAAUGUGCAGGCGUCAUCCUAAAUGGACUUUUGCUCACAUCGCCGCUUGCCUCAACUUCCCCGAAGCUCUCAAUCAUGAUGAUGUUGCGAAAUGGAUAAACACGCCUGACAAUGAUACGGGUGAAACACCACUACACAUUGCUUUAAAGAUGGGCGGUAUGAAGACAGUUCGGAAAAUUCUCAGCCUGAAACAAACUCGACUGGAUGCUUGUGACGCCGACGGCAAGACCGCCCUGCAUGUCGCUGUGGAAAAAAAUUCUAUUGAGCUUCUUGAGGCAAGCCUGAAUAGAAUUUGUAAUGACGUUGAUGUUGGCUGUUUUGUGUCGCUUAAGCCAUAUGUGACCCUGUGCCCCGAUUCCGCCAGUGCUAAUCCAAAUCACUUGCUCCCACUUCCUUGCAUUGGUCAUGGCCUGAUUCAGACUGUGGUCAAAUCUAUCCUCUUAGACAUCGAACCAUCUACAAUUGACGGUAGCUACUCGGUCAUCCAUUCCUUCCCUGUGUGCCAGACAACAGGCUUCAAGAACUCAAAUCGCAUUGACAUCAACGCAACGAAUGCUUUUGGCGAAACGUCGCUCUACUUGGCCGUCCGCGAGGCAUCUGAGGCAGUGGUUGCGACGCUACUUCGAGCUGGCGCCAAUCCAAGAGUUGGCACAGCUGACUACCUUCCAAUCCACAUCGCGGUUGAAAGAGAUCGAUCUUGUGCCAUUCCAAUUAAGCGCUUGAGCUAUGCUGAGGCGAAGAUGGCCUACAAACGCAUUCAAAGGAGCUGUGUGGACCUGUUGUGCGAUUACUAUCCAGACGUGAUUAAUCUCCAAACGCGUGACAAAAAAUUGUCAGUUCUACAUAUCGCGAAGAAGAAACAAGUGAGUUUUUAGUUAGUGAGUGGUGAGGUAGAGCUAACUUGUAGUCUAACGCUCCUUCCACCACAGAUGUUCAAGCAUCUGUUAGAACUGGGUGCCGAUCCAAACCUCCAAAAUAUUGAGGGACGUACUGUGCUCCAUCAGGCAGUGUACGAACAGGAUCUCGAUACCGUCAUGCAACUUCUCAUUCAUGCAGCCGAGGUCAAUGUAACGGAUAACCGUGGCGUUUAUCCUCUCCAUCUAGCUGCCGCGCGCUGUCAGGACGUGCACAUCGUCUAUGCACUAAUAGCCUUCGAGGCGGACCCCAACGUCACCGACGCAGAGGGGCUCUCCCCACGCCACUGGCUCUGCCAAAACGAAUUCAAUGUGGACGCAAUUCUCUACGCUUUGGAUGUGGUUCAAGCUCAACGCUGUCCCCUAGGGCGAACCAACUGUACCUCAGGUUGUAUCUCUCCUGAGGCAGUUUCACGUCGCAGUCAACAAAUGGACUGUGUUCAUCAACAGGAGAGUACUUGCAGUCGGAGUACCAGUUAUAGCUACCUCACUCAACUUCUGCAGGACAUGCCUUUCGCUGCUUUACGCACUAACACAGAUCCCACUGGCGACCUCUUCAAUGGCACUCCACCGGAUCCCGUGCUAAGCAAUACUAAUCUCACGCAGGAUCUCGACAACGAUCUCUUCGUCUACCUCUCUGGAGGGAAUCACAUUUCCUUUUCCUCCGCCUCCUCCUCUUCUUCCUCAAAGUCCUCGUCGCCCAGAAAACACUCUUCAGAGUGUAGAACAGUCCGGGGAUUUCGCUCCGCUCCGGCUAUGCAGACUGUAGCUGAGGUGUCUCCUGAUGCCGAAGCGAAUCCACCAAGGAUCGAAUCAUUGCAGACAGAAGUAAUGGAGAGGGAUAGAGCAAGCCCAACAGCAACUACACAGAACACCCAGUCGUGGUUUCGGCGAACCAUCGUGGCGAGGUUCAUCUCUGCAGCGCUACCGGGACUGGACAGCUUGUUUGCGGAUGAGGCAGUGAGGUCAGAGAGUGGAGAAAUGGUUCCUUUGUCACCAUCAUUGCACCUCCUUGAGACGGAAAAGGAGCGUGUGCUCGAGAAUGAAGCGGAUGUAGACACCCAGGGUAAUCGAAAACAGGGUUUGGCAAUGGCUUCUGUUGAGGCGAGAGUUUCAAUAUUGCGUCGAUUUUCUCUUCAGCCUCUAGCUACAGGGUUUGCAACAGCGUCGACUCUGGAUACACUAAGGCUUCAGGACCUCCAUCAGCGCUAUUUUGAGAAUCACAAUCAGCAAGAACAGGAACAGCAAGAACAAGGCUCUCAAAGCCAUCGUCACCUCUGGAGUCGUAGCAUCCGGGGCUGCUCAGGUCGACCCGGUGUGCCAUGUUGUCUGGAGCGAAACGCUCGAUGCUUUACAGCUGAACAUAGAAGUGGUGGGAGUAUCGACCCAAACCUUCUCUCCAUUACGUCCUCCACUUUAUGCCGACCCACCGCGGAGGAUAAGGAGUUGGAGAACAUUCAGAGAGACGCAGAGGGUUUCCGCACAAGUAGACGCGGCUAUCGAGUGCUUUGUCUCGAUGGUGGAGGUAUUAGGGGCCUAGUCUUGUGCCAGAUCCUGAGAGCAAUCGAAAAAGCUGCAGGGCGACCCAUUCGCGACCUCUAUGAUUGGGUGAUCGGCACGUCUACUGGAGCUAUGCUGGCGUUAAAUAUCGUGCAAGGAAAGUGUGUACGCUAUAACCGGUGUCUGUAUUUCCGGCUGAAGGAGAAGAUUUUCGUCGGUAAUCGACCCUACCCUACAGAGGGACUAGAGAGUCUUUUGCGAGAGGAGUUUGGUGAGGAAUCAGUCAUGUCGGACAUCACUGAUGUGCGAGUUUCAGUCACAGCUCUGCGAGGUGAUCACUUUCCUCCGCGACUGCACAUGUUUCGCAACUAUCCUGCACCCUAUGAACGAAUGGAACAACUUGUAUCAGAGCUCCUCGAAGCCCGUUCCCCUCGUGUCUCUGCAUCCACCUCCUCUGCCACCUCCGCCAACACCAGCGCUCCCACCCAGGUUACUGACAAUCCCAUGACCACUGACGUACCCUACAAGCGCUUGCUGAACACCUUCCUACGUGACCUCUUCGGUGAGACUAUCCAUGAAGUUGGCCACGGGGGAGAGGACGAGUCAGAUUUGCAGGAAUCCAUUGUGUCGCUCCUUUCUUCCUUUUCUCGACGCUAUAUGUACAGUUCUAAGGGUGUGGAACAGCCUGUACCGAUCAGUGAGCAACCCAUCUGGAGAGCUGCGAGAGCGUCAGGGGCAGCGCCGAGCUACUUCCGUGCUUGUGGCCCAUUCCUAGAUGGUGGUCUCAUUGCUAACAAUCCCACAUUGGACUUGCUUACUGAAGCGCAAGAGCUUAACAUUGUCCGACGUCUUCGACGUGAAACGACCAUUCCGAUUGCCAGUGUGACUUCGUUGGGUACGGGACGAGUGCCGCUGCGCGAGGUGCAACAGUUGGAUGUCUUCCGACCACAGAACAUGUCUGAGGCUUACCGUGUAGCCUUGGGAGUUACGGAGCUCUCGAGGAUGCUUGUCGAAAUGGCCACCAUGUCAGAGGGUCGUAUCGUGGAGCGUUCUCGUGCCUGGUGCAGUUCUCUCGGCGUGCCUUUCUUUCGCUUUAGUCCACUACUUUCAGAAAACGUGGCGCUAGACACCAAAGACACACGAGCUAUCCUGCAGAUGUUGUGGGAGACGGAGGCCUACCUCUGCAACUGCCGGGAUCGCAUUCUUCGACUGGCGGAUUCCCUUCACCUCGCCUCGGAUUCACCCCCGACCUCUAUUAAUACCGCUACUGCCAUUCCCACCACUACGAUCUCACCUCCAGCUCAAAGCUGA